AUGGCAGGCAUGAAACUAUUCAUUAUUUUCGUUAUCAUGUUCCCAGUCGCGAUGAUAACAGAGGAAGAUGUAAAUCAUGGAGGUAAUAACUACGACAAAAAUUUAAUUGCGCACCUGCAGAUUGUCACCAUGUCUUGCUUCAUGUACAGAAAGCGCUUAACAUUUUCAUUUUUACACUUUCCCUAAAGCAUCAUUCCGACGAUUUAUUCACCACAAUUUUUACAUCGUCCAUAAAAUUUGCAUGAGAAUUGUUUUCAAUUUUUCCUGUAAGUAUAAGCAGUCAUCAUAAGAGAAAUUGAAGACAACUUACUUAUGCACGAUUAUUCGGGGUAAACAAGGUGUUUUACUGGCGAAGUAAAAAUUGUGAAUACGUUAAAAACUUCAUUGUUUUAUUAUUAUUUUAUUAAUUUAACACUUCAAAAAUGUGCGAUCAACAUUUCGCAAAAGUUCUUACGUACAGCAGGAGUCCUUUCAUGAAUUGCCUUGCUCUAUUUUUUUCUUACUUCAUGGAUUUGAAAUAAAUUUGUAUUUGAGAAAAUCUUGCCAUACAAACACCUCUGUAAAUCGGACAAUCCCUUGUGUUGGCCCCUGAGAAGUGCUUUUAGGUAAUGAAAAAUUCCGCAAAACGGAAAUGUAGGAGCACUACAUGACAAGUAAUUGCAAUUAGGAUAAGCAAAUUACAUUCCAUUCCAAAUACAGUACGCGUCUUCCGAGUUACAGCUUGUAUCUUCUAAACGCCUCAUGGAGAACCUCUUGGCCUGUGAAACAGCUAUCUUCUCCGUCUUUUAGCUGAACUCUUUGAGCCUAAUGGGAACUUCAAAUGGUGAUAUCAAAAACAAACCAUUAUAACAAAUUAAUUGUCAUAAGCUUAAGUACUUACAGUGAUGUACUGUAGAACCCCGGCAACUCGAACUCUGAGCGAAAACGAAAAACAGUUCUUGUUAGCGAGUUAUCGGGGUCGAUUGAAAAAUUUAAUUUACCAUGUUGCAGUUAUUUUUUGGUCAAGGGAGAGGAAUUUUAGUUCGAGUUGGCCAGGAAUUCUAGUUUUCCAAGUUCGAGUUGACUGAGUGAAAAUGACUAGAAAGUGGGGUGAAAGCCAAGGGAAAUUGGACUUAGUUUGAGUUAGUGAUUGAAGAGUUCGAGUUGUCCGAUCGAGUUCAAGUUAUCGGGGUUCUACUGUAUCAUUAUUUGUUUUGCUUGAGUACAAAUUGUUGUUAAAAGAAGCAAAUACUGAAUUUUUAUCACUUUGUAGCCUUGUUCCGAUUCCUCCUUUCCAGUACAUUGAUUCGGUUUUUUUUAUUGUUUUGCACAAGUAAAAUAUAUGUGGACUGUAUUUACUGCCGAAUAACUUUAGCUUUAUUUUCUUGUAAUUACUGGCGCCAUCUUACUUUGACUCUCUAAAGGCCGGGACGCCUCUCUUUAAUAGACGGAGAGUUAUUAUUAUUAAUUUAUUUUAAUUUUUAUAUUUAUUAUUGUUUUGCACGAUUUAUAAAAUAUCGUUAGCUUACAAAUUAAAAUUUGCUGUUCAUAUGUGUUGCUGGCUUGCAGUUUGUCCUGUUCCAAAGACAAAAGAGGAAGAGGAGUUUAUUAAAGAGCGGGAAAGGAACAGAGAGUUAAUGGAAGAAAUCGCCAGAGAAAUUGAAAUGACCUGCUUAGGUAAGUUAAAAAAUGAAAAAAGAAACAAUAAUAAUAAUAAUGACUUACCCUUUUAGUUUAAGCCAUUUAAUUUAGUCGGUAAGCAGCGAAUCCAGGAAGUUAUUCAACCGCGGCAGUGUUAGCUCAGUCGGUAGAACGCGUUGACUGCAGAGCGGGAGGUCGCGGGUUCGAUUCCUGGGGCCGGACCAAUACUCAGGGUCUUAAAAUAACCGAGAAAUGAAGGUACUUCCUUUGCACUGCAACAGGCUAGACCUUCGCGUGUCUCGGAUGACCACGUAAAAUGGCGGUCCCGUCUCCAGUUGGAGACGUAAAAUAUAGUGUCCCCAAUUAGUACUUUCGUGCUGAAUACAUUGACACUCAAAUAAAAAAAAGUGCAAAUACAUACACUGUCUACAGGUAGUCAUUUCGAUUCCUGAAGGAGGAUCAUAAGUUGGCAAGUUCGAUAUCUCUCUUUACAGAUAACCCACCCAACCCAGGAGAGGUUGGGCACACCACGGGGUCAACGUCCCUUACUCUUACUCGUACCAGGUAAGUGAAAGUGCUGUGUGAGAGGGGACCCACGGGUUUUCGUCCUUAUAUCCUAGAAGUCUCAAGAAAGUCUAACCGUUUGCAGAUGUCAUUACAAAGGCAGCGCUUGCUUCUCAGUAAUUUUAAGAGGCCGAGUGUUUUUGCGGUCGGGAUUUUAACCCGCGACCUCCAGCUCAGCAAACCAGCGCUCUCCCGGCUGAGCUAACCAGACGGCGGAGGUUAAUAAGAACUUGGCACACUGCUACCUUAUUAUGGAAAUCCUGACUGAUCCUGUCAGAGUUAUAAACAAACAUUGUGGGCAAAAAUCCAUCGUCUAAUUUUGCUAUUUGUCUACUACUCUUUUCAAUUUGAUUUACCCCUAUUCCGGAAAGCUAACUACAAGGCACAAUUCCAUGGAUUAUAAGGCUAUAAGUUGGACUAGAUAAUAAAGGAAUGAAAGAGAGCAAGCAAGAAACCUCCAGAAAACAUUUAUGCCAGUUUUAGUCUUUUCUCAAAACGCACAAAAUUUUCGGACUUGGAACCAGUAAUGGUAAACAUUUUUGACAAAUGAUUUCUAGUCCAUGAGCCGUUUUGUGAGAAGUGGGCAAAAAUUCAAUGAAGUAGUAAUCUCUGAUUAGACAUAGUUUCCUUGUGACAAAUGUAUAUCAGAUAAAUCAUAUUGGAGAACUGCAGAAAUGAAAUCAAAUGAAGAAUGAUCCUCGCAGUUGUGAACGCAAUUUUUUACGCAAUUACGUAAGAAGCCUGAAAAAAAAUUCAGGACUUUUAAAACGGCAUUUGAACCCGUGACCUCGCGAUACCGGUGCGACGCUCUAACCAGCUAAGCUAUAAAGCCACUGAUGUUGUAGGUGGUCAAGCCAUUUUUGAGUGAAAACGCAUGUUUUUUCAACUUUUUUUGCGAUUUUAACCUGAUUUCUAAUUCUUUCUAAAAUCCACCCAAGACGGGCGGCCUAGAUGGCGUUCAUUGUUGGUGACGUCACAGGGCUCUAGCAGCGCCACCACCUAUAAAUUAUACUUCAUCUUGAGAGAAGAUCAGAGGCUUUCCACUAAAGGCAAAAUCGUUUCGAAAUACUGCAACAUAUCAGAAACUCCGAGGAGGGAUUCCAUCAACCCCCUCCCCUUGUACCACGGUGAGGGUAUGAAUUUGCCUGUACGUCCGAUUGUUAAUAAAUCCGAAUCAGAAUUUCAUGGAUUUCCCGUAUUACCGUUCUAUUAGGAAAUGCGAAAAAAGAUUUGUAAAACUGUUCGCGUGCAAGACAACUAUUCUUGAGAACAGCUUUUCAAUAAAAGCAGUACUUAGCUGUGAAACUAAAACUUGCCGACUAGUAACAGCGGAGCUCAGACUAAACGUUAGCGUAAACGGAAAAGAGCCAAUACCGCUAUUAGCACGACAAAUUAGUGAAUUUACGCAACAAGACGGCAGAAAGAAGAAGACGGCAAACAAGCGUGACAAUAAUUUUGUUUGAAACAACUUUUCGCCAAACUUUACUCUCCUUUAAACGGAAUUUUUUUGUAAAGACUAGUAAACGUUAAUGUUAGGUGAAUAUAUCACGACAAAACACGUACGUAAUAGUCCUGGCCUGUCACUUUUGUCAUGCACAAGCGUUUUGACGUCCUCUUCUUCCUGCCAUCCUGUUACGUAAACUCACAAUUAUCCCGCGCUGACGUCAGUCCAAAAGCACGCGAAAUACUAAGACCAGAAGUUCAAUUUCACUUGCAUAGCAACCACGUAGCCUGGCAACACGAUACGACAAGGGGCCCUAAGGCAUGCAACGUUUCUUGAUUGGAGUAUUGAGACUAACGAUUUGUCAGUAGGAUUCUUGUUGAAAGCACGUCAACAGAUAUAUAUAUUUUUCAUAGUUUAUAAUAAUUUGAACCAGGAGAUCAUGAUUUUAACGGCAUUUGAACCCGUGACCUCGCGAUACCGGUGCGACGCUCUAACCAGCUAAGCUAUAAAGCCACUGAUGUUGUAGGUGGUCAAGCCAUUUUUGAGUGAAAACGCAUGUUUUUUCAACUUUUUUUGCGAUUUUAACCUGAUUUCUAAUUCUUUCUAAAAUCCACCCAAGACGGGCGGCCUAGAUGGCGUUCAUUGUUGGUGACGUCACAGGGCUCCAGCAGCGCCACCACCUAUAAAUUAUACUUCAUCUUGAGAGAAGAUCAGAGGCUUUCCACUAAAGGCAAAAUCGUUUCGAAAUACUGCAAUAUAUCACAAACUCCGAGGAGGGAUUCCAUCAACCCCCUCCCCUUGUACCACGGUGGGGGUAUGAAUUUGCCUGUACGUCCGAUUGUUAAUAAAUCCGAAUCAGAAUUUCAUGGAUUUCCCGUAUUACCGUUCUAUUAGGAAAUGCGAAAAAAGAUUUGUAAAACUGUUCGCGUGCAAGACAACUGUUCUUGAGAACAGCUUUUCAAUAAAAGCAGAACUUAGCGUUAGCGUAAACGGAAAAGAGCCAAUAUUAGCUAGUAAACGUUAAUGUUAGGUGAAUAUAUCACGACAAAACACGUACGUAAUAGUCCUGUCACUUUUGUCACGCACAAGCGUUUUGACGUCCUCUUCUUCCUGCCAUGCUGUUGCGUAAACUCACAAUUAUCCCGCGCUGACGUCAGUCCAAAAGCACGCGAAAUACUAAGCCCAGAAGUUCAAUUUCACUUGCAUAGCAACCACGUAGCCUGGCAACACGAUACGACAAGGGGCCCUAAGGCAUGCAACGUUUCUUGAUUGGAGUAUUGAGACCAACGUUUUCUCAGUAGGAUUCUUGUUGAAAGCACGUCAACAGAUAUAUAUAUUUUUCAUAGUUUAUAAUAAUUUGAACCAGGAGAUCAUGAUCUCAGUUGUUUGAGCUCAAACAUUGUUGCAAAUAUAAAUAAUCAAAACAACUGUUAAGCUAGCUUAAAGUGUGAAAACUAACUUUAUCGGUAAAAGAAGAAAGAAAAUCUUAUAAGUAACUUCUACUUGCUGAUUUGUAGACGAGUGUGAAACAGGACUACAUAACUGCCACGAUGAUGCAUACUGCACCAACACCAAGCGUUCCUUCACGUGUACUUGCAAACGAGGAUAUUCUGGGGAUGGUGUCAACUGUGCAGGUAACAAAGCUACAUACGCAGCGUGAACUUACAGGAUCUAAACUUUAGUUGUAUGCCAUCGCAGCAGAAAUAAGAAAUAAGCCAAUAAGAAAGCUGCAAACGGGUUUCGUAUUUAUCUAAGUGACAUAUUGCUGUAAGUAGCAUGAAACAAAAUAAACAAAAUAAGUACUCCUUGCCACUGAAUUUGUUUUGGAAAAAUUAAUUCAAGCGUAGACCAUUUCAGGGUUACCGUUCGAAUGCAUUGCACUACUAUCUCUCAUUCGAUAGGAAUAAAAAUCGAACUUGGUCAGUCUGAUAAUUUAUCCUUAUUUAUUUCCAGACGUUGACGAGUGUAAUACAAAAAAACACCAAUGUGAUGAAGCUAUUUCAUUGUGCGUUAACACUAAAGGAUCCUUCGAGUGUUACUGUCAAAAAGGGUAUUUUAAAAGUGGACAACAUAAAUGUACAGGUAACAUCCACUUUAAGAUUUCUUAAUUGAAACAUUCAGAUGCUUCGUAGCCACGUCUUUUGUUUAUGUUAAGUUAGCGUCCUUACAAUUAUCUAUUUUAAGUUUUUUUGGCGCUUUAAGUUAAAACGGGUUUUCUUUGAGCGACGCACGCCAACUGGAAGUAAAUCCUUAUCCCUUUUAAUAUACAUAAAAACUACCAAAUCUGUAUUGCCUACCUCUUUUCAGUGUCUUAAUUAACUAUUAUAGUGGCGGUUUGUCCGAAAAAAAAGGGGAAACUACCUAACAAGAAUGAAAAUAGACAACAACUGGUUGACGUGAGUUGCCCAGGGUGCGUUGGCCAACGCCUUUGCUUAUAAACUCCCUAUAUCAUAAUUAGCCUGCUCCCACGCAGACGUUAUUAGGUGAGUCAUAUAUAUAGUUCCUCUCCACAAGAGGAAGGGAGGAAUGCGACUCUCCUAGAAAGGCCUGUGUGGGAGGCUAAUUUUUUAAAUUAAGUACCAGAUGUUACCUGGAACUAGCAAUGACUCUAGCCUGCUUAGCAGGGGCUUGAACCUAAUCCAGAAAAUAGCUAGUAUGGGCGAAAGGAAGGUCGGAGCGCGCGAGGGAGACACGCAGGAAGGGAAGUAGCGCCUGCCUGAGAGGUCAAUGAAAAUCGUACCAAAAAAAAAAAAACAAAACAACACAAAACAACCUUUUUUGCAUUAUGAUUUCCUCUGAUUUCCUCUUUUGAAAGUCGUUUUCACCAAAGUCCAAUUAAUUUUAAGUCGCGUCAGUUUCCAACAACGUAAUUUCAUAAAGCGUUAAUUUCCUGUAAUAAGGCAGAUAACUGUUAUUAUGGUAGGCCAAAGUUACUUGCAAUAAAAGAAAAGAACACUAAAUCAGUUUUUUUUAUUCAGUGCCUGACUUUUGAAUUGCAGAUGAAAAUGAGUGUGAAACAGGAAAGCACAACUGUCAUGCAAACGCUAAUUGCAACAACACUAAAGGAUCCUUUGAGUGCACCUGCAAGCCAGGGUAUUCUGGGAAUGGAGUUAACUGUACAGGUGAAAACAAUACUUCGGUCUUCUUUAUAAUGAAUCUUUUUCUAAUCAGCUCCAUUUAUCUCGCCUAAAAGCCAAGUUCAGCCACAAGGUAGUAUGCAGCUUAGUCUCUAGAGCUGCAGUUUGUUCUUUUAAGCUGGAUAAUAAGUAUCGAAAUGCCCUUGCAUGAUGCUAUAGUUUGUGAUUUGCAGUAUCUGUAUGCGAUUUUAGCCUUAUAUAUCCUUGAGAUAUUUAAGUUUUUUAUGUAUUAUUAUAUUGUGCCCAUGGAAGAUUGUCAUGUCCGAACACACAUUCAGGCUGGGUGAGCUUAAGCUUACUACAUUUAAUUACAUCAGACCAAUGUACACAAUUCCGUCUUUAGAGUAUGAGCGGAAACGUGUCCUUUUUAUCCCUCCUUCUGCUGGCAAUUUUUCUUUAGAGAUGAAGUCAUUCUGUAUUCUCUAAUAUCUUGCUUCCUUAGGUCUCGCGAAUCCUCUAUCUAUACACUUGAUGUCAUUUCUGAAUUUCUCACCUGCUCAAUAUAUAUAGCAAAAAUUUGUUUCCUUUUCAGUAUAGCCAGAAAUCUCUCUCUCCCUCUCUCUUCUGAUCGUACCCAAACCAAGAAAAUAAAAGGUUAAGUAAAUCAGUUUUGAUGAUUUAGUCCUGCAUCUGAUUUGCAGAGGUAAACGAGUGUAUAACAGGAGAGCACAACUGUGAUGCCAAUGCAGACUGCAAUGACACUGAAGGAUCUUUCGAGUGCACUUGCAAGCCAGGGUAUUCUGGGAGCGGAGUUAACUGCACAGGUGAUUUUAUUUCAGUAAAGAUCUGGAUCGUCUUAAUAUUAAGGCUAUUAAUUCAGUAUUAUUUUGUCUCGAGUUCACGCGUUUGAGUCCCUGAGUAGAAUCCAAAAGUGACAUUUCCAAUUUUAAUGUACAAAUAAGAGUUUGAAGUCAAGCUUCGAUGGAAAAAGUGAUCGUUGUCAUAAUUAUUUAGCAAUUACUGAAUGAGGCUGAGCAGACUGCAUGUGAAGAAUUAUGUAGAGCGAAGAGGAUGUUAUCCUCAAUCUUGCGGUGACUCAAUCCAGCUUGAUCGAAGUUUAGUAAAUCUGAUCAAUCCACUAAAAACGUUAGUUCUCUCCAGUAAAGAUAGAUCAUAGAUAAGAAAAUAAUCAAAUCGCAGCCUGCUGAAGGCUAAAUUGUUUAAUUAUUUACAAUACAAUAAAAAGUAUAAAAUAAUGGUAAAAGACUAAUUUCAAUUUUGUUAAUUAGGAAAAAUGAUAAUGAAGAACUGAAAAAGAAAGGAAAAAUAACGUAAUAACACUUAAUCUUACAUUAUAAUAACAUGUUUGGACGACCGCAUAUGGCUGGUUUGAACGAAUUUUUGCAGCGGUUUGUGCGAAAGUGGGGCAAGUCGUAAACUCUCUCCUGCCUGGUAUUGUAGUAGCCUUGGUGGUUUGGAGAAAGCAGGCAAGCGAAUUUGAGCUGAUCUGAGGAUAUACUAUUAAACAGCUUAAUAAACUGAUCGUUACGCCUAUCAUAUAAAGUGCUGAGACCAAAACUGACUAAACAUGCAGUGUUUGUAUGAUUUAUCAGGCGCUAUUAUGGAGAGCGCUCUUUUUUGUACACGCUCAGUUAGACAGUCGGGUAGGCUAUGGUGGAAAAUGGAUGAGCAAUAUUCUAGAACGGGUCUCAUUACUGUACAGUGGAAGUCAACAAUAUCUUUACAGCUCAAGCAGAACCAAAAAAAUAAACGCUUAAUUGCUUUCUUAAUAGUUUCAUAAUUCACCAAAUCAGUGGAUAGCAAUUUUCGCGCGUUCUGAUUGGCUCCCGUAACUAAGAAUAUCCUUGGAUAUUCACUGUUUCAUUUGUUCAUGACGGGAUUCUGCUUCUCGUUUCGCGACAGUUUCGAAAGAUGAAAUUUUAGCGGUAAAUGAAGCAGCUGCACCAACAAAUACCAAGAACGAGAAAAAAAUUGGCUUUUCGAUGUUUACUGGUCGCUAGAAAAGAAUUUUCAUACUGAAUUUGGAACAAGAUCAUAACAAAUGAUCCCCGAAACAUUGUAAAUUGAAACGUCAACAAACUCGAACUAACUGAUUUUUAUCCAACUGAUUUGGUAAAUACUAAAACAACUAUCCCACUCAGGGUCGGUUCAUAGCGCUAGAUAUAUACCUCGACACUUCGCGUCUAGGUAUAUCCCACCUGACUAUUCUGAUCACCUCCCCUUCAGGGGAUAGUUGUAUAUUAUAUAAACUUUCCACUUGAGAUCGUUAAUAAUAAUAAUAAUAAUAAUAAUAAUAAUAAUAAUAAUGAUAAUGAUAAUGAUAAUGAUAAUGAUAAUAAUAGGGACAGUACUUUCCUUAGUAUCUUUGCUGUCCCCAACAAUGCUGUUUGCUGGAUAACGUUCACGCCGAUUCGCUUCAACUUUAAGGAGUACAUGAAGAGAAUCGGCGUGAACGUGAGAUUGGAAGUUAUCCAGAAAACAGCAUUGUUGGGGAAAGCAGAGAUACUAAGGAAAGCACUGUCCCUGUACGAAGAAGGAAAAGAGAGACCUGGGAGCCGUGGUGAAUUGUUGUAACCUGCUUCCAAGGACUAUAAACCAGGCCGAACAUCCUGCCUGAGUCUACGAGGAAUGGAAAUAAUAAUAAUAAUAAUAAUAAUAAUAAUAAUAAUAAUAAUAAUAAUAAUAAUAAUAAUAAAACUUAUACAGCGCAGAUAUCAAUAUUGCUAUUUUCAUCAGCGCUUAAAAAUAAUAAUAUUAAAAAAAAAAUUACUAGGACUGCAUAAAGUAUACAAAGUGAAUGAACCUACCAAAAAGAGUUAAAACAAUUAUGUCAACACUAAAACUAUAGAAAUUACUUAGUCUACUUAAAUGGUAAGAAACUGCAUAAAACCUACUAAAAAAGAGAUUAAAAAGCACAUAAAAUUACAAAAAAGCUUUCUGAAAUAAAAAUGUCUGGAGUUUCUUUUGAAAAGAUGCUACUGAGGGGCUACUCCUAAUCGCAUAGGGCCAUGAAUUCCAUAGUUGAGGACAGGAGCCCAUCAAAUGGAGCCUCCAUCUCCCUUAAAUGCCCUUGGAGUCAACCCUUUCCCGAGUAGAUUUAUAAUUAGAACGGUUCCCAGAGGAGACUUCGCGCGCAGACGGUGGUAAGAGCCAAUCACAACGACGAAAUGACAGUGCUAUUGUACAUCAUCAAACAACAGGAAAUUCGGUGUUGACAGGCCAAACACAAUCAUAAGCUAGUGAAACGUGACUUUAGCAUUUUCAUCCCUCAGAGAUUUUCUUUCUUUUCUUUCUAGCGGGUAGAUUAUACUGUGGAGAGGUUUAAACGCUGACUACGUUAAUCUUAAUUUUGGCUGCCUAUCUCACAUUAAGAGACCAUGAAGCUGAUCUGUUCCGUGCAUAAUGAUUAACUACUUCCUGCAGUCUGUAGUUCUGACAGGAUUCGUUUUCUUUAGCCAAUUUUUUUAAGCGUUAAGGUUCUUAUUUCGGCUAAAUGACUCAAUAUUAAUCAAAUUUCUAGUUUUUCAAGGUUUUUUUUCCGAAAUGCGUUUAUCUGAAUAAAUACUUGUAGUCCUUGUGGUUGUUUUGUCCGUCAGCUAGUGUGAUGAUUACCUGCUCUGUUUUAUAACGCCGGGCCCGGCUAUUUUUACAUUGUUUUCUCGCAAAAAGUGCUCUACAGAUGAGAAUUCGAGGAAAGAAUGGAGUUUAAACUUCUACAUUAACCGCUGAGAAUUGUCCUGUUAGUCAGUCAUAAUUCUUUUGUCGCAGAUACAAUCCGUUUUGUUUUUUCUUGAAAUAAGUGAACCUUUGGACUGGAGCGCGAUGUCACAAAUUCCUCCGUUAACAAAUUACUUUUGAGUUAUCUUCGCAGUCGAGCAACUGUUCUCUUCUGUUCAACUUUUCAAGUGCCAGUUUCAUCAGGCAACACUCAUGGUAAUAGAGUCAGUUGUAAAGGAAGACUGCAAUUUCUCAAAUUUCGGAACUAAAGCAUUCCUCGUUAGUUGCUUCUUAGGUCAUCGCUCUUUGCACGCGGUGCUUCUGGCGAAAUCCACUCCACGGUGAUGACAAAAAUCAAAUGAUCCUGGCACUUUUUCGGCGAUGAUCAUCGAAAAGUUCCAAAUCGUCCACAGAACGCUUUAUUGUCGACUCUUUUCGAAGUGCAUGCUUACAUGUAUGAUGUAUGACGGCCAAAAAAAAACUCGCAAAGAUAACCUUUCCGUGAUCCUCAAAUUUGCUGCCUUUGUCCCAUCGCUUCAUGCUCAGUCUCCGUCGGGUAAUUCAUUAACUUUUAUUUCAUGAUACCCAGAUCCCAGCGGCUGUAAAAUCGUAAAAAUGGACGUAUAAUAAAAAAGGAAAACGGUCGAAGGAAGGGCUUCCGAGUUAGACUUUAACCAACUUUAUUUUUACGCGGUGACAUACGACCUCACGGAAAUAUGACACUUUUUGCGGGAAACAAGCCGUUCUAUUUAUAAAUCUACUCGGGAAAGGGUUGACUCAAGAAAUUAACGGAGAUGGAGGCUCCAUUUGAUGGGCUCCUGUUGAGGAGCAGCAGCAGCAAAAGAUCGAUCUCCUAACGUUGUUAAAGUCUUGAUUUCACAGGGUUUAGUAGCAGUCCAUCACAAUCGGAGAGUAAAUUGUAUUUACAUGCUUCUUUAAGAUUAAUACGUUCCUGGAGAUAAAAAAGUGCUAAGGCAGUGAUAGCCUUUUACGUUAACAGUAGUAUCUUGAGGUCAAAUUUGAAUUUAACCGCAACCAGUGCGGAUUAUACAGCAUCGGUCUUACGUGGCAGUAUUUAGAUUCCUGGAAAUUUCUGGAAAAUUAACCUAGCGGCAGCAUUUUGGCCCCUCUGUAGCUUAUUAAGCUGGUAGGCUGGCAGGCCACAAUUCAAUUCAAUUUUAUUAUUCACACUUUAUAAGAUAUUUACAUUAUAUAUAGUAAGGUAGGAAUACACUAAUAAAGGAGAAGAAGAAGAAAAAAAAGAAAAUUAAUGGCUUGGGUAGAAGUGUACGGUGGUCAGAGGAGCUUAGCUUUCGAGCUAACCACCGCUAUAUUAUGAUUGGAAAUACAUAAUAAACGUGCGCUUGGUGCCAUGGCAACUAUGGACGAUUACGCCAGCAGUCAGGUUAUGUGAGACAGUCAAAUUACAAUUGUUACCUUUGAGAGUUAACUAGAAUUCGCUUAUAUUCUUUUUUGAACUUAUGGUAGCUAAGUGUUUUUAUUUUAGUAGGAAUCUCUUCCCAAGUUUUGGUUAUGGCAAACUUAAAUGUGUGUUUGCCGUAAUUUGACCUUACACGUGGUACAUGAAAGUUAAGAUUUGAGGCAUAUCUGGUAUUGUGUGAGUGAAUAUCAGACACCUUUACGAGGUAGUUUUGAAACAUUUCAGGGAUAUUGGCUUCAUUUUGUGAGAUUUUGUGAGCUAGCAAGGAGAUUUUGAGUUUAAAAAUGCUAUCUAUGUUAAGUAAUCUAGAAGUUUGAGGUAGGGUGCACUACUUUCUCUCUUAUGGCUAAAAAAUAUGCAGCGUAUACAUUUAUUUUGUUUUGUUUGAACUUUAGUUAAUCUACUUGGGUAUGUGUUUCCCCAUCUCAUAAUUCCAUAAUGAAGGUAGGGCUAGAUAAGUGAGUAAUAUAUUUGUUUGAGGGUAUUUAAAGUUAAGAAAUGGAGUAAUCUGAAAAGGAUUCCCAAAUUUUUAGAUAUUUUGCUGUUAAUGUGCUGAAUGUGAGGAGGCCAAUUUAGAUUUUUGUCAAUGCAGAUACCUAGGUAUUUGAUGUAGUUCUUUUCUUCAAUAUUGCGUAAGUUAAGCUUAAGUUUAUUUGCUUCUUGGGGGGAGGAGACUGUCAUAUAGUGGGUUUUCUUAAAGUUUAUAGAAAGCAGUAGCUAAGAAGAUGGUUGAAUUCCUCAUUUAUAGUUUUUUCAAGGUCCUGUAGAGAAUUGGAAGAGUAGAAGAGAGUGGUGUCAUCAGCAAAUGUUCUAAUAUUUGUCUUUUCUAAAGAAUUGGGCAUGUCAUUGAUAUAUAUCAAAAAGAGCAGGCUGUUACAAUAGUCCACACGACAGUGUUAUACCUAAAAGUUUGGCACUAUUAUAACCGCUAGUUCCUUCUCGUCGACCACAACAGGGCUGAAGACAUGUUUGUUAUUUUUAAAGUCUAUGAUCAUCUCCUUGCAUUUGUCAGCGUUUAGUUGCAUGCAUUGCUCACGUGACCAUUCCUCGACGGCACUAACUGCGCUCUGAAUGUCACCCUGUGCACCUCGCUGGACUAACUCAUCAAUAGUAGAGAGAUUAAGCAUCGCGUUUACCGCAAACGGCAAACUUGAGUUUCAAGUUGAGAAAUUUUUAAAAUGAGCAGAUAAAAGCAGCUUAAAACAAUUCUUAUGGAUAAAAUUGACCUGAAUCUACCGAUUUUCGUGUAUUUAUAAUGAACAGAAAACGACUAGUGAAGGGGAAACUUGCUUACGUUUGCCGUUUGCCGUAAACGCGAUGCUUAAUCUCUCUGGUAAGUAUCAUCAACGUACAAAAUGUGCUUCUAUGUGUCCACACUGAAAACCGCUGAGGAAUGACGAUGGGCCUUGUUUGGUUCCCUGAGGCACACCAGCGGGCACAGGGCCCCAUUCAUAAAAACAGUCUCUAUAGUCAACUUUACGCGUUGUUGUCUAUGCGUUAAGAAGUCGGCCACCCAGAGGGUAACAGCGUGAGGAAAAGAUAGGCCGAAAACUUUGCGCACAAGUAGGGCGUGGUCACUGAGAUCGAAGGCCUUCCUGUAAUCAAACGGGACGACUCUCACAGCAGCCCCAGACCCAUCGGUGUCUUGCAACCAGGUACAUGUACCAUGUAGGUAAGGGCGUGUGGGGUACAGGACGCUGUGAUGCGACCAUACUGAUUUGGAUCAAUCACCUCCAGAGCCGCAGGGCCGAAAUGAAGAGCGACGACAAAGUCCUGUGCAAGUUUAGAUAUAACGGAGGUUAGGGAGAUCGGACGAAGAUAUUUGUUGAUGUCGAUAACAGGUUUUAGCUUGGGGACAGGCACCAUCUUCCAGGAUGAUGGCCGUCUCUGCUCCGCGAAACUGCUUUUUUGCACAGCUAACGGGGCAAGCAAGGAUGCCUGCGUACGCCUUCACCACACUACCCCAUCUAGUCCUGCCGCCUUCAUAGCGUUAAGCCUUUUUAAAGCAGAUAAAACGGCGGGUUCGGAUAGGGUCAGCGGUGACAAAUCCUCACUGUGUGACAGGAGGAAUUCAAGCCUUUGGAAGGACUCCAUAGGUUGUAGGAAACCUGAAUUGAUUUGGCUGGCAAUCUAUUGGUCAGACAGAAGAGCGGAACCUCGAUCUAUAAGUUGGCAAACAAAGGGUCUGAGCCAGGAGCGAGAACCAUGUCAGCGAUUCACUUGACCGCACUCCACCACUAGCUAGGCUUGGUUUGCUUUAGGUGGUUCACUUUUGAAGCGUAGUAGUUGCUACGGAGAACUAUCCCUCUGUCUAAAGGAAUAGGGCCAAAAUGAAAAAUCCGGCCGGAUUUUUUGCGUUCGCUACCAGUUUACUUUGCAAAAUCCUGCCAGCAAACCCCUAUAACGUGUACUAACUACGCUUUUAUACUUUUUACAUACUAUAUCACUUCUAAAAGUAAACAGUAGUUUUACGCGCCGAAUUUAUUCAGACCAUACUCGGUAAUUAUUGAGAGUUUCAAGAAACGGCAAUUUGAGAGAAACAAUCAACUUGUUAAUUGACAAAGCUAUUCUAAAUAAUUGCAAGAAAAGGCACAUUGUGGCGUUGGCUUUGAGUGUUUACCGGGUAGUAUAUGACAUGAUACCGCAUAGCUGGAUUGUCAAGUGUUUGGAGAUGUUUGAAAUAGCUGAGAAUGUGAAAAGGCUUUUUUAUUAAUGGUAUGCAGACAUGGAAGUAGAGUUAUUAUCAUCAGGCGAGAGGUUGGAAGUCAUUAUAAUUAGAAGGGGAGGCAUUUUUCAGAGGGCUAUUUGUUUUGUGCACGAUUCCAUUCACGUUGGUGUUGAGAAAAUCAACAGCAGGUUAUGAUCUUGCGGAGAAUUUAAGAUUAACCAUCUUCUUUUUUUGUGAACGACUUAAAAUUGUUUCGGAAAAGUAAAGAUCAAAUAGAUUCGUUGGUGCAAACUGUACAGUUGCUUAGUAAGGACAUUAGAUUGGAGUUUGGAUUGAAAAAGUGUAGUGUGUUGAGUAGUGAUAGAGGGAUGAAAUUAAGCCUCGAGUAAGUGUCGAGUAAGGUCCAGAUAAAUCAUUGAUAUGCAUAAGAGUCGAGUCCAUGACGUCACCCAUUGUUUUAACCUUGGGAAAAAGUGGGUUCCUCCAUACUGGUAAGUGCCCUCCUCCAUAUCUAGUGAGCGUCUGUCUUAUACAAUAGGAACAAUAGCCUUACCUAGAAUUGUCCGGUAAGUAACUUGAGCCCGGUUUGCUCGAACCGCCGAUUACAAAAAUAAGAACAAGAGAAGAGAUCACCUAGCAACACAAGAAACGGCUUAUAUUUUCUAUUACAAUUUAAGCGCUUAAAUUCGGAUAUAUAAACAAAACACACACACAGAAAGUGGAGCUGAGAACUCUUUAUUUUAGCCAGAUAUCUGUUUUGCAACUGAAAGUAUCGCUUAUCUUUUUCAUCGUCCCGAAGAUUGUUUCCAGAAAGCACAUCAUCCAAGUUGCCCCGUAUUUCUUGCAUAGCUGGAAGAAGCAGGACGGGAGAAAGAUUUUGCUGCUGUAGGUAUUUUAAAAGCUCUUAAGGUAUAUUUUCUUCAUACCCUGCUUGGUUAAAGCCUUAUUCACUGGACAGGAGGUUUGUUCGCAGUGGGCAAUUAUCUUGGGUAGUAGUUUUUAGAUUAAUCAGCAGAUAACCAAAAGGUCUUUUUAUACAGCCUCCUUGUACUGAUUUAAAAAGAAAUCAGUUUUCCCGGAAUACAUUUGCUUUGCCAGAGUCAAGAUUUGCAAUUUGUCUCGUGGAUUCUUGAAUAGCACCAAAUAAGUCAUCUGAUCGUCAAACACGAUCAAAUUCCGUUUGUUCACAUCAAAAUAGAAAUCCUGCUCCAAAGCCGUAGGAAUUCCCUUGAUAAAUUCAAUGUGUGGCACGGCGACUAGCAUCUCUGUAUACGCAGGCUGCCAUUGUGAACAACACCAAACGAUCCUCUCUGGGGGAAGGUAAAUUGCCUCUGAAGCUUGAUGUAAUAGAGAUAGAACCCAGACCGCUUUUCCGGACUUGGUCAUUCCAGAAGUUUUGGAGGUGAAAGGAUGCUCAAAGCGAAGCCGCUGACAUUUCUGUGAAGACAUCGGAACUGUUUGAAAUGGGGUGAGACCAGCAUUGCGGUGUUUAGACAUCGCAUGCCUUUACAUGCUACUCUUUCUACUAAACGAUUUUUCGCAAAAGAGACAGAACCAACUCAUGUCAACUUCUCAGGAGCAGAAUGUAGACUGAGAAAAAGGUAGAAUAUAAUGUUGCGCGUUUAUAUAGGUUUGGCAAGCCAUGAAACCACAUUUCUAUUGCUUUCCUCGGCCUCCUCCACCACUACCACAUUUCUGUUGUUAAGUUAUUAACUGUUUUUUUUUUCGUUGUUGUUUUUAUAAUAAUAUGUCAAGGUUCUCUCUUGGGGUUUUUACUGUAUAGCUGAGCCAAUUUGUAUGCAAAUGUCGCCGUGUUAACUCGCUUAAUUAACUGACUAACGGCGUGUGAAAAUGACAAGGCCAUAAGCUCACUAAGCGCUGAGAGUUAGUCGUCUCCUUGAGAUAGAAUACCUGAAUUUUGUGCUUGAGUUUUGUUUAUAUCCUGUGUUUAGUCAUGUUAAUCUAAAGAAAUGAUUAUUUAAUAAAGAUGUUUCAGUUACACUCUGUAACGAUAGCGUGUUCAACAACUGAGCGCUUUCAUUUUGAACACAUAAUAAUUUCUGCAUGAGCCAAUCAUCAGGGUUAAAAGAGACCGGCCAAUUCUAAGCCAGCCUAUUGUUCCUAUUGUAUAAGAGAGACGCUCAUUAGAUGUGGAGGAAGACACUUAUCAGUAUGAAGGAACCCAGUUUUUUCCUAGGUUAAAACAAUGGGUGACAUCAAGUACUCGACCCUUAUGCAUAUCAAUGAUUUACCUCAACCUUACUAGACACUUACUCGACACCAAGGGAUCACUACUGUGUUGGUAAUGACAACGGAAGGAAAGUAAGGUUUGAGGGUAUAACUCUUUUGUAUGGGCGGGUAAUGGGAGAAAUCUGUGAAAGAAGGUAUAAAUAUUUGGGGAUAAUUGAGGCGGAUUUAAUAAACGAAAAGUAGAUGUAAAAAAUUCAAGAGAGUAAAAAAGAAGGCUGAAACUAAAAUGUUGAAAUCAACAUUGAAUUGAAAGAAUAAGGUUAUAGCGAUUAACACCUGCCCAGUGUCAGUGCUGACCAAGUAUGGAGCAACUAAGAUGGGCAAAGGAAGAACUGAAAACAUUGGAUAAAAUGACUAGAAAGGUGUUGACAAUGAAUGGUGCUUUCCAUUCAAAAAGAGAUGUUGAUAGGUUGUAUGUAUCAAGGGAGGAUGGACGUCUGGCCGACUAAUAAUCUGUGAGGGGUGUGGAGAGGUGGGGAAAAUAGUUUGGGAUGGUACGUGAAGAAUUCUUGGGACGUUUUACUGCAAGGGGUAAGGUAUAUUGAAAGUGAGGAAAUUGUCAGUAAAGUUGAUUGAAGACAUCUUGGAACAAUGAGCUGAAACUCGACAGUUGGAAGGAAAAAAAGCUGCAUGGUCAAUUUUAUGAGGAAUACCCGGAACAACACAUGAAAGAAAACUUGGAGGUGGUUACGAAAAGCAGACUCGAAGAUCAAAACAGAAACACUUAUUUGUGCAGGCCAGGAACAGGCUCAGAGGACCAACCAUGUAACUGAUACCAUGUUAACUGCAAGACCGUGCGAAUCCCCCUUAUGUAGGUAAUGAGGCGAGAGUGUAAACCAUAUUGUCUGUAGGUGUAACUGAAAAGUUAGCCCAAAGGGAAUAUAAACAGAGACAUGACAAUAUUGCAAAAGUAGUUCGUUGGAAGGUAUGUGAGAAAUAUCAUUUGGGAAAGAAGGACAAGUGGUACGAACACGUGCCUGACAGUGUGAGCAAAAACGAUGAAGUUAAACUACUGUGGGAUAAUGAACAUUCAAUGUGAUUAUGUCAUCGAUGCUACAAUAGACAUGAUCAUGUGGUUGUAAACAAACAGAAGAGAGAGUGCGCCAUUGUCGAUAUUGCUGUAGAAGGGGAUAAGGGAAUUGUUGAAAAGGUUAAAAAAUAUCAGGAGCUUAAAGGGACAUUACAAGGAUGUGGAACACACGAGAACUGUGCAGGUGAUACAGACCGAUACAGAUUGUUGUAGGAUCAUUCGCAAGUGUGAUGAAGAACUUGGAGAAGUGGCUGGAAAGUUGGACACAAGAAUUUGUAUUUCAUUGCCCCCAAAAAACUACGCUUCUAGGAACAGAAAGGAUUUUAAGAAAAGUGUUAGUCAGUUCUAGAGUAAGGAGUCGACAUCUAAGGGUCCUUUUUCAUGGGUCAUGACUCGCUCCCUUAGCAAGUACAACGGUACGAGAUCAGCCAGUGCACAAGGCAAGAAAUGAUAAUAAUAAUGAUGAUGAUGCUGAUAAUAAUAAUAAUAAUAAUAAUAAUAAUAAUAAUAGUAAUUUAAAUGAUAAUUUUAAAACUUGUAUAGUUAAUAAGAGAAAUAGGACUGAGUGGAGUCAGGAGACCACAUAGCUGGAGUCCGAUUUGUUUAAUCAUGAGUAACAAUUAAUCAUAACUAAACAAAAUUUGUGAUAAUAUCAUAUUUUAUUAGCUUUAAAACACAAGAUCUAGCGAGAGUUUUUUACGGAUAGAAGAAAAAAUAAAACAACUACCCCCCCCCCAAAAAAAAAGCAAAACAAAAAAAAACAACGGUAACAACCAAGGUAGCCCAAGCUCGAAAUAUGAGCAUCGGCGAGCAUCGGCAUUGUUGCGUAACAUUCAAAAUAUAAGGAUUUGUAUGGGAAAAAAACCUAUCGUUUCCGUAACCUACGAAAAUGAAAGGAUUUCAAUAAAAACAGCUUACCUUACUUAAAAUGUGUGUUACGUCUCUCCCGUGUGGUCCACGGGCUGAUUUAUGGCCGUUUUAUGGGUUUUUAUGUAAACGGUUUUCUCUUUAUAUAAAGGUUUACCCCCGGGGGGGGGUACUCCCAUACAUUACCUAUACGGGUAUGUGCCGCCCAACGGGGUCGUGAUUUUGAAGCUCCUGAUUUAGAACGGGGUAUCCAUUUCACAGGCGUUUUCUGGAACGGGGUAUAAUAUUUCGAACGCACGAAAGCACCAGUUUUGUAAGCAGCCAAUUGAAAUUAUUCAAGGCCAGAUUGCUUUUAAAAAUACGGUUCAGUGCGUUAACAAGCAGACUGUUGUACUCUUGUUGCACCCUAGAACGGAGUAUAAAAAAAUUGGCCCAUUCCUAGAACGGGGUAUCAGUUUUAGGGCAAAUUCUAGAACGGGGUAUAAAAAAUUGGCCCAUUUCUAGAAAGGGGUAUCAAUUUUAGGAGAAAUUUUUUUUUAGAACGGGGUGCCAAUUCGGAGUCCCGGGCGGCACAUACCCACCCAAAAAAUACCCAAGUGCCCCCCCCGGGGGUUUACCAAGGUUGGGCACUCCAGCGAAGCGGCUCGACUGAUCCAUCGAAGGAAAACGGCCAUAAAUUCGCUCCAACUGCUCCAAUCGCCUCCAAAUUACGGCUAGGUAACACACGAUAGUUCUUCUUUCCAUUCGUUAUCUUGCUUUAAGACUCCUUUGCACCGAGAGCGAAUCAAAGUUCGCAAAUCGCUGCAACCUUUCCCGUCUGAAGCCAUCGACAGAGGCUCGGCCUGAACUCCGCGUUACCGUUGACAGAUAGCGACACGGCCUGAGACUCGAAUUACUCACACUCGGGGUGGGAGACAGUCUCUUGCUCCCGUUGACACAAUAGGAAAACAACGAGAGCAAGAGACUGUCUCCCACCCAGAGUGUGAGUAAUUUGAGUCUCAGGCCGUGUCGCUAUCUGUCAACGGUAAAUGCGGAGUUGCUUCAGACGGGAAAGGUUGCAGAGAUUUGCCACCUUUGAUUCGCUCACGGUGCAAAGGAGUCUUGAAGCAAGAUAACGAAUGGAAAGAAGAACUAUCGUGUGUUGCCUAGCCGGAAUUUGGAGGCGAUUGGAGCAGUUGGAGCGAAUUUAUGGCCGUUUUCCUUCGGUGGAUCAGUCGAGCCGCUUCGCUGGAGUGCCCAACCUUGGUAAACCUUGAUAUAAAGAGAAAACCGUUUACAUAAAAACCCAUAAAACGGCCAUAAAUCGGCCCGUGGACCACACAAGAGAGACGUAGCACACAUUUUAAGUAAGGUAAGCUGUUUUUUAUUGAAAUCCUUUCAUUUUCGUAGGUUACAAAAACGAUAGGUUUUUUCCCAUACAAAUCCUUAUAUUUUGAAUGUUACGCAACAAUGCCGAUGCUCGCCGAUGCUCAUAUUUCGAGCCUGGGCUACCUGUGUAACAGCAAAAUCGAAGAGCGCGCGCGGCAUGGCGUGAUUAUUGUACCAUUACUCAGGUUUAUAUGACGGGCAAUGUCCCAUUACACUGUUAUAAUCAUAUUUAGAACAGCAGUUAAUAGUGGUAAUAGGACUCGCACUGAAAUCAAUUCCGUCUGUAAUCAUCGGAGUGAUUAGAGAAAACUGUUUCUUAUGAAGCAGUUUUCAUAUCAAAAAUACUCAUUCACUGUGCAGCUUCAGUUAUGUCUGCUUGUCAUUCAAUUAUGUCUCAUCAUGCCUGUUUGACGUUCAAUUAGGUUCGAUAUUAUCUUUUAAUUACUACUUUUUGUCUUUAAAUUAUCCCUGGUCAUUUAGUCAUUGAAUUAUAACUGUUUGUCAUGCAAUUUCUUACCUUAUGAACUUCAUUGAAUUAUGGCUUUUUGCGAUUCAAUUAGUCAAUAUCGUUUCAAUAUCGAUUGACCGGUUGUACCUGAGCCCGCAAAAGCACCGCUGAUUACUGACUCUCAGGGGAUAUCCACCGCUUCAUUCAACAAUGUUAAUGCUCGUUGAUAAUUUUCUCCUUUUCCCUCGGAAUCGCUCACAUCUUGAAUUUCCUUCGACGCCAUUUGCAAACCUCGUGCAAGAAAGGCGCGAAGAAGCAGUAAUGGAAGAUAAAAUCGAACAUAAUUGAAUGUCAAGCAGGCAUGAUGAGAUAUAGUGAUUGAACAACAAGAAGACAUAAUUGAAAGACAAACGAACAUAAUUGAAUGACAAGAAGACAAUUGAAUAACAAACGGAAAUAACUGAAUGACAAGCAGACAUAAUUGAAUUGCACAGUGAAUAGUAUUUUUGAUAUGAAAACUGCUUCAUAGUUUCUCAGUAUUCCUUUUGCGGGCGAAAAUGACAAUUCAGAAUUAAACGCAAACUGAAUAGUAGCAUGCACCUCUGUUUUGCAGACGUAAACGAGUGUGUAACAGGAAAACACAACUGUAACAGCAGCUCCCUAUGCUAUAACACCAAAGGAUCCUUCGGAUGUUUCUGCCCGCCAGGAUAUUUCGGCGUUAAUUGCACAGGUAAAUAA